AUGGCUGAUCGUCAUCGGGUUCCAUAUCAAACUCUACCAUCGAGUCCUUAUAGGUCUCCUCAAUCUAGAAGCCCUGAUAGAUCUCCGCCGAAGGGUGGUCCACCUAAGUCUUCUCAACCAUACCUUUGUACUCACAAGACUUCGUCAUCGUCAGGUCUUAGGGUUUCAUCUACGAAGAAGGGGGAUCCCCCGAAGGGUUCCCGAUACGCGGUUAACCGUCGCUCAACUAAUCCUUCCUCUCAACGUGCUGAGCCGACGAAUGUGCCGCCUUCUUCUCCUCAUCGUGUUGAGCCGCUAAAUGUACAACCUCUUCGUUCUGUUGCCCCAGAUACGAUGCCUUCUCAGAAACCUACGGUUCCAUCAUCUACUGCUCCCCUGAGAGGAAAAUCUGCUAAAGGUGCUGCGCCGAGGACAGACCCGUCGAGGAAUCUAUCGACCAAUAGAAAAGCUUCGGAUAUGAGUCCUCCGAAGAAAACAUCGUCGAGUAAAUAUGCUGGUUCUGACGAUGCCCCAAUUAUAUGA